CAAAGCAUACUGCUGACAGCUUCCCCCUUCAUGGCCUUUGAACACCACAAUGUCUGAUGUGAAAGUCUGGCCCAGUGUGAGUGGAAAUCCCCCUCCGCCAGAGGUCGUCAAUCCCAAGAAGCCUGGACGUGUAACCAAUCAGCUACAGUACCUGGAGAAGGUGGUGAUCAAAGCUUUAUGGAGGCAUCACUUUUCGUGGCCCUUUCACCAGCCAGUUGAUGCAGUGGCACUGUGUCUCCCAGAUUAUUAUACAAUUAUUACAAAUCCUAUGGAUCUGAGCACAAUUAACAAGCGUCUUAAGAACAAAUAUUACUGGCAAGCAAUUGAGUGUAUACAAGACUUCAACACCAUGUUCACCAACUGCUAUGUGUACAAUCGGCCUGGAGAUGACAUUGUUUUUAUGGCACAGGCCCUGGAGAAGCUUUUUUUGCAGAAAUUGUCCCAGAUGCCUAAAGAAGAGUGUGAAGAUACAUCAAUCACUGCAAAGGAAGCAGUGAAAAGCAAAAAGACGAGUGCAGGUGCCAUAAAGCAGAGAUCCCUCGUGUCAGAAGUUGUUCUCCAGCAGACGGUCACAGUCAUUCCUCCUGAUGUGCCUCAGUUCAUCCCACCCAUCCAGCUCUCCGCACAAAUUGAUGCAACAAUUAAAAAAGGAUUAAAGAGGAAAGCAGACCCCACUCCCUCCACCACCUCAGUGACCACCAGCAGUGAGGUGUCCCCUGCUGUGGAUCAUUCAGCACCUUGUACAUUAUCUACCAGGAGAGGCAGUGGAAGGCCCAUCAAACCUCCGAAGAAAGACCUGCCUACCUUUGAGACCAAGAAGGUCAGACUGUCUGAGCAGCUGAGGGACUGCAAUGAUAUCCUGAAGGAAAUGCUUUCAAAGAGGCACUAUGCAUAUGCCUGGCCCUUUUAUACCCCUGUUGAUGUGGUUGCUCUGGGCUUGCACGACUACCAUGACAUCAUCAAGCAGCCAAUGGACCUGAGCACCAUCAGGAAAAAAAUGGAUCAACGAGAGUAUUUGACUGCGAAGGAAUUUGCUGCUGAUGUCCGACUGAUGUUCUCCAACUGUUACAAAUACAAUCCACCAUCGCACGAGGUGGUCUACAUGGCGAGAAAACUGCAGGACGUUUUUGAGGCACGGUAUCUGAAGGUUCCCCAAAAAGCAGAGGAUUGUUCCAUAUCUCAUCCGCAAGCUGACAAGAGAAAAGGAAGUCUGUCAACCUCAGCAAGUUCUGAAAGUGAAAGCUCCUCAGAAGCCGAGAGUUCGUCAGAGGUGGCCACGCAGCUGGCCAGCCUGGAGGAGCGGUUGAAAGCUGUCAGUGAUCAGCUGAAGAAACUUACCCAGGAGCCCCUGAUGAAACCAAAGAAGAGAGACAAGUUGAAAAAGGAAAAAAGAGCCAAAGAAAAGGACAUUGCGCGAUUAAAGAACAAAUUCUCCAAAUGCAAAUCUGUUGUAGAGAAAAUGGCCAAAAACAAGAGCUCUACCUUGAAAAAUGGCAACAGACACAAUAUUGAUGGGACCUUACCUUUAAAAUGUGAGGAUGACGUCCCACCCACACCAGUGACUUACCGGGAGAAGAAGCAGCUGAAAUCAGACAUAGACAAGCUCCCUGGUGACAAACUGGGCAUGUUGGUGAACAUCAUUCAUGCCAGGGAGUCCUGUCUGCAACACUCCACUCUGGAGGACAUUGAGGUUGACUUUGAAAUGCUCAAGCCUUCCACAUUGAGAGCCCUGCAGAGGUUUGUUGCAGCAUGUCUGAAGAAGUGCAACAAGAGCGUUAGCAAUAAAAAGCUGGUGAAGCCUGCAGGAGGACUGCAGAGCAGAAAGGAUGCUGGGAGAUGUCAGGUUGCCAAUAAAGAGCAGCACCUUGUUAAGAAAAAAAAGCCAGCAGCUAAAAUCAAGGCAUCGCCUGACCUCAGCUACCCUUCAUGCCUCAGUGGCAGCAGCAGCAGCAGCAGCAGCAGCAGCAGCUCGUCAUCCAGCUCUGACAGCAGCAGCAGUCAUUCCAGCACUUCUGACAGCAGUGACUCUGAAUCAGUGCCAAAAACAAAGAAGCAGAAAAGUAAAGACUCUUGCCGAAAGGUUAGGACGAAGGUAAAGGUGACUCGCGCUGCCUGUUGUAAGCUGAUAUCGGAGACCAAAGAUUUGACAAAAGCCUCAGUCAAGACUGGUCAGCCUCCUCUUGCUGUGCAGUCCCCGGCAGCAGAAACCAAAGGCCACCCAACGCCCCGGAAUGCAGACCAGACCUGUGAUGAGCUGGAUUUAUCACCUCCAGAUUUGUCUGCCCUUUUGUCCCCCAUGGUGUCGCCAGGAGUUUUGCUGGACUGGGCUGCUGCCAGAUUUGAGGGCCCAGUGCUGUCCCCUCUGAAGGACAGCCCACUGUUCAGAGAUGAGACGAAUUUCAGAUACCUUGAGGACUUUCCUGACGGUCAGGUGACUCAUGUGCCUCACAGCACUACAGCCAAUAAAUCCACUGAAGAGGAAAAACAACAAAUCCCCAAAAAGGACAUUGUUCUGAAAAAUGCUGAGUCUUGGGCAAGACUGGUUAGGCAGUCAGUCACUCAGACCGCAAUCAAGUCCUCAAAAGAAAGCUUCCAGCAGUUCCGUAAGGCUGCCAUAGAAAAGGAAGAACGUGAAAAAGCACUGAAGAAGAAACAGGUGGAAGGAAACAAGGAGAAGGAGAGCAGCCUACCAGACUCGUGUAAAGCAGAAGCAAAUCCACAACCUAUUAAAGAGGAUCCUGAUUCACCGGAGAGCGUUUGCUCAGAGGCUAACUCAGACGCUAAAGAUGCUGAGCAGCAGCAGCCGAAGUCUCCCAUAGAAACACAAGCUGUGACCACGCAGUCCUCAGUGGACAGGGAAAGGGAGAUGGCUCGCAAAAAGGAGCAAGAACGUCGCAGGCGAGAAGCCAUGUCUGGUAUUGACAUGACUAUGCAGCGGGACAUCAUGACUACGUUUGAGCUUAACCUGGACUAAAAAGAAAAAUCGUCCUCUGUGCAAGACGUCUGUGCGUCGUCUCAGAGUAACUUGAGCUGUCGGGUCUUUCUUGUGCACAAAAGACAACUUCACAUCAACCUUAUGUAUGUUCGAGACUUAAAAAUGAAAACUUAACUGUGAAAUCGACAUUUAGUGAAAUAUAAAUGGGUCUCUCCCUUGAUUUGUAUUCGUUUGCCAUGCUGUGUCCCGAGUCACACUUGAAUUUGAGAUGUUUGGGGUGACGAUCGAAGUUCAAACCUGAACGAGUCUUUCGUGCAUGUGUUUUCUGUUCUUCUCUCAUUCGGAUGAGUCGUCCAACAUCUGUCGUCUGUCAAUAACGUCCUUACAGUUGUAGUUUAAAUGCCACCUUGCUGUCUUGUUUGCUGAAAUGUGCAGUGAUGUGUAGUUCUGCUGAGUUCUCCCACUGGAUGAACCCUAAAUGUAAACACUGGAUAAACGCAAGCAUGGCUUUUUUAAAAAUAACCAUUCAGGCGCAGGAGUACGUGAACAUUUUGAACAAAGAUCGGUCCUUGCCGAAGUUUCCAACGUGGAGUGGAAUUGAAUAAUCUCAGUUCCUUAUUUGCUGAACUACUUGAAAAUGCCAUAUAUUGUGUUUACUGGACACGCU